AUGUCCAGCCUUCCGAGUGAAGCGGUGUUUAUGGUCUCCCAAUACUUUCAAACGCCCAACGACUUUAUUUUCUUAGAAAUGGUAAGUAAAAAGUAUCGCCACAAUGGCGAGCACUUUGCGUCGAAUCCGAUCCGAUUAGAUGAAAUAAGUGCGAAGAUUUUUAGUCGACUUUCAGUGAUCAAUUUGUUUACACCCGAGGAAUUCUCCUUUUACUUCUCCACGCGCAAAAACAACUUUAAAACGGCGCAGCACUUCAAUGUUUAUUUUAAAACGAGUUAUUCCGAGAUCACGCGGUACACCAAAUAUCCCAAUGUCACCUUUCUGAACGUCGAAUACACACGAAAAGACUUUCUCGAGUACUCUGCGACACUAGGCGGGAAGAUACCGAAGAUCGUGAAGAGUCUUGGGUAUGGGUGUUUGAGUUGCCUAGCGAGUCUGAAGGGGUAUACUGUUCGUCCGCACGUACAGCGUCUUGGCAAUGAGUGUUUUAAAAACUGUUAUAAUCUCGUAGCAGUGACGUUGUCGAGUAAUUUGACGGCCCUUGGAAACGCGACUUUUGAGAAUUGCAUGCGCCUUGCAAAGAUCGAGUUGCCCAACACACUCUCGACCAUCAGCGAAAGUUGUUUCAAGUGCUGUGCGAUGCUUAGUAGUGUGAAGUUCCCUCUUCACUUACUUUCUAUCGAAAACAGUGCGUUUUACUGCUGUAAAGAACUGAAGAGUAUCACCUUCCCCAGCGCUUUGAGUGUGUUGGGGAAACAAAGCUUCGAAGGAUGCAAAAGUGUCUCUAAGGUCGUGAUCCCCCAGAAGGUCGAGUCCGUCCCCAACAAGUGCUUUUUGAAUUGCCCGCGCCUGCGCUUUGUGUACCUGUCGAAGAAAGUCCGAAAAGUCGGGAAAUCGGCGUUUGAGAAAUGCGGACUUGGCGACGUCGUUGUUGAAGGAAGUUUGGUGCGAGUUGGGACGAACGCGUUUGCAAAGGGAAAGACCAAAGUGACGAUUUGGGUGGACAAAAAGAACGAAAGAAGCAAAGAAAUUGGCGAGUUAAUUGAGGGGGUGGGUGUUUCAGUCGCGUUGUUCUCGGACGAGGAGGAGAACGAAAUUGACGAAGAGGUCGAGCGCUGUCGAGAAAUGACUAAAUUUGAUGAAGAAGAGAAGACGGAGAAAUUGGCGGAACGAGUGGAAGUGCAACAAGAAAUUGAGCCGAAAGAGAGAAGUCAGAAACUGCCUGAUUUUAAUGAUCUCUUGAAUGGUCAUGGUAUUCAACGUUUAGAACAGAGAAGAGAAGACAUCUUGAAUAUAACAGAAUUGAAUUUGAUUCAGAGGGAUCAGAGAUGUGUAUACAAAAAAGGGACACAAAUAGAUGAAGUCAUAAUCGUUUCUGAAGACUCCGAAAACAGUAAAAGCAAUGAGAGCAAUACCGAUCCUAAAUAUUCAUCGUAUUCUAAGCAACACGAAGAGUCCUCUGAAUAUGACACAAGUCCACUUUCUGACACUUCCCACAGUGAUACAUCACAAGAAGAAAUCCUUGUUAAUGAACAGACUCAAAACAACGACGUGAUCAUGUUCGAACAACUCGACCAUCUCGAUCUGGAAGUAACUGACGACUCAGAUACACUCGAUGGCAUCAAAGAACUUCAGAAUAGUACCGAUGACCAACUUGAUCUUAAAAAGGAUCUCAAUAAAAUACCUCAACUGGAUCUCAAAAAGGAUCUUGAUAUUACGCCACUUGAUCUCAAAAAUGUUGAACGAAAAAGUCGCCCAUUGAUAUUCACUAUUAAACAGUCGAAGCAAGUGAGUGGAAACGACAAACAACUUCUUUUUGGUCACCAGAAAGACAAUGAAAGAGCACAAGAAGGGUGUUGUACAAUAAAUAAAGAGAAAGAUCGAAAUACAAAUGACGAAUUAAAUUUAAUGACACGUGUGGUGGAUAAAUACUUUUUUAAUAAUAAAGAGCUGAGGGAGUUGAGUAUUCCGAAUACCAUCACACAACUUGGGAAGAGCGUGUUUGAGGGCUGCGUCUCACUCGAAGGAGUCACCGUAUUGGCACCAAUCAGUAUAUUACAAAUUCACACGUUUUCGAUGUGUAACAACUUGAAAGAAGUCGUCUUGCCAAGUUCUAUCACUUCAAUUGGCGAUUUCUGCUUUUAUAAAUGCAGCAGUUUGAAGUUUGUACAUCUCCCAGAAACCAUUUCAGAGAUCGGGGAAAGCUGCUUUGAAGAGUGCAAAAGUCUACGACAACUUUUGGUCCCAAACGCCAUCAAUGAAAUUAAAAAGAAGACGUUUUUGGCAUGCCAAAAGCUGUCAGAAGUUGUUCUUCCGUCAAAGUUGAGUGUUGUUGGAGAAGAGUGUUUUAAAGACUGCGAGCAACUGCAAAGUAUUGACAUCAGAAACGUUCUUAAAGUCCAAAGAAAGUCUUUUGAGGGGUGUAAAGAGCUCAAAACGGUAUUCAUUCAACACUGCAAGGAAUUUGGUGAAGAGGCGUUUAAAGACUGCAACAAACUCGAGUUGACAAUCGAAGAAGAAGAUUACGUGCUGGGCGAAAACUGCUUUGAAAAUUGCGAGAAAGUGUGUGUGGUGAAAGGAGACGCAAUGAAAGGGUUUGACUGUUGUUCGGAUUAUAAUAUAGAAAUACUAUAA